AUGCCAUGGCCGUUUGGACCCUCUGGCUCAUCUGAGGCACCGCCGCCUCAAAAGCCCAGGGACGAUAAGGUCGAGGGCAGAGAGCCAGCAAAGUCAUGGAACAGUUUGCUUCCCAAACCAGACCCUCCGCUCCAGGCCGCCAAGGAAUGGGCUCCCGUCUUCUUGACCGCCGUCGGCUCCCUGGCAGCCUUUAUGUUCUACCAAUCUUACUUGCGCCGCUUCGCUGGUGCUGCUAGCAUCCAAGAGAACUUUUUCCGCAAAAGAAGCCUCCUGGGUAGAGUCACGAGCGUGGGAGAUGGUGAUGGUUUCCACUUGUAUCACACACCAGGAGGGAAACUCGCAGGCUGGGGAUGGCUCCGGAAGAUCCCAGAAGGAAGAUCUAAUCUGAAGGGAGAGACUAUUUCAAUUCGUUUGGCCGGCAUCGACGCGCCCGAGGGACCUCAUUUCGGACGCCCUGGCCAACCCUUCGCUGCGGAGGCACAAGCUCAUCUCUCAAAGUACAUCCUCCAUCGGCGCGUACGGGCUCAUCUCCAUAAACGAGACCAGUACAAUCGCAUCGUGGCAACGGUAUCGACAAGACAGCCUCUUUUCAAGAAGGAUGUUGGCCUCGAAAUGUUGAAGCAAGGUCUUGCUACGACGUAUGAAGCCAAGAGUGGCGUGGAGUGGGGUGGCAAGGAGAGUAUCUACAAGGCGGCCGAAGCGAAGGCGAAAGCCAAGAAGCUCGGGCUGUGGUCGAUUAAGGCAUCGGAAUUUGAAAGCCCUCGCGAUUUCAAGAAUAGGACGCAGGGAAACGAGAAGGGUGAAAGGGAUGUAGAGGGGUCUGCUGUGCAGAAGCCGUGGUGGCGGCGCUGGCUGACUGGGUGA